AUCCCCGGCCGCUCUACACUACCUGAAGGACAGAAAGGAGGUGAUAUAUCAACAGUUUUACUGCCAAUACUUAAAAGAAAACGAUGAAGAUUCAGUUCUUGAGCUGUACUGUGAGGAAGUAAAUGACACUCAAUCAGCACCGUGUUCUACCUGCAGGGAUGACUGUCAGCAGAUUGUUGCAGGAGUUACUUGUUGUCAUGUGAAGACAACAGUGUUUAAUAUCAACAGCGAGUUAGUGUCUUGGCAUUUGGACACUCCUGGUGAAAGUACGAGCUACACAGUGAUUACAUGCAAAAAGGGAAAAACUGUGCAAGAGUCCACAGACAUGAACAGCUCAGAGCCCAACAACCUGAAGCCAGAGGAACAAAAGUCCAGCCACGCUCCUGAAUGUUAUGGGACACACCUGGAGAGAUUACUGGAAGAACUUGGCUUGAAGCAGUACCACAAAGUGAAACUAUCACUCAGCAGAAUACUUCAGAUUAAUAAGAAGACCAUCACUGAUGAACCUGCCAAGUGUCAAUCAGACCUUGCAUGGUAUUUUCUUAAGAAAGUAAUGAUGUUUAAUGUAACUGCCAGGAAUGUGAAAUAUACAUUACAAUGUGAGUCAAACAGCGAUAAUGAAUCAGGGAGUACAGACUUGGAUAUGAAUAAUAUAAUCGACAGUCCAAACACAGAGGACAUGGUGAACCCCCUCGACAUAAUCACUGCUCUCUUUCUGUGUUCUGAUGGUUUUCUACAGCAGGAAAUGGCACUAAAAAUGUCCAUGUGUCAGUUCUCUGUCCCUCUGCUGCUUCCUAAUUGUGACACAGGACAGUGCACACUCAUGCUGUGGGCCAUGAGAGACAUUGUUAAAAAGUACAGACCUCAGUCUCUUUCGGAGUCAAAGGGCUUCAUUGAAGAAAGAAUCGUUCUCUCUGAACUUCCAAUGGUCUCUUUUGUCAGACUGGGUGAGUGCUCCUUGUCCAAGUCAGAGAUUCUCAAUAAGCUUCUGAGCAAUGCUCAGCAGUACCACGACACCUUUGUUCACCACAACAUGGAGUGUGGUGACAGUCCAAGAAGAAUUUCCAAUGGACUGACUGAAAUUACUUGGUAUCUUCCUGGUGGAAACACAAACAUUGAUAUUUUCAGUCAGCCAGUGGCUGUAGCUAACCUCCGCGGAGACAUUGCUUCAUUUGAAACACAAUACUCCUUUUUGUGUCAGACAUCUGCAGCAGUUUUUGUCUUCUUUGAUCAUUUGGAUUCUGAGUCUGAGUCUGUGAUCAAUCUGCUUAAAAUCCAACACCACAAAGCACAGAUCUACUUGGUCGGUAACUAUGAAAGCAAGCGCUUCAAUUUAGAGGCUGUGAAAAAAGCAUCAACUGUGUUGGGCCUAACUAAAACCAAUAUUAUUAUUAAAACAAAGAAGAAAAAUGAUACCGACUUUGUAAAAGAUUUGAGGAAAACAGUCAGAAAUGUGGUUGAGAAAUCAGAGCUGAAGAUGAAAACAGAGAAAAUGGUGAAAGUUGCCCAUGAACUGGGAAUCCUGGUUGAUGAAGACGUUCCAGAGUGCCAGACUCCAAAGAAAAAUGCAGAAGCCAUCACUGCAGAAAUUCAAGACAUCCAUAAAUACAAAGAAGAUCAGCUUCCUCGACAGGGCCAAAUAUGGAAAGAUCUUACCUGCUUAGAGAAGGAAGAGUUUCGACUUCGACAUGUUGGGUCUAAAAAUGUUGAAGAUUACAGAAGUGAUCUUCAGAAACAGAAAGAAGAUCUGCGGAAAAUGCAGAACUCUUAUGAGAUGUCAGCGGCUAUGACAAACUUCAUCACUGGGAUAUUAAGCCCAGGAACAGAAAGGUUUUAUUUUCUGAAAUGGAUGAGAAUGAACCUCGAUAAUGUGUCUCGUGUAAGACUGUGUGAACUCAGGGAGAAAUAUAAAGAAAAAUGCUCUGAGAACUCUGAGAACAAAGAGGAGAUCAAAGAAAUUGACAGACAAAUUUCCAGCAGCUCACUGGGGACUGAACACUUCUUCCGUGAAAUGGGUCAGAUCUAUGAAGCUUCACUGUCUCUUCCAGAAACAGACCCAUCACGUCAACAAUUUCAGCAUCUGCCCAAACUGUGUGCAGAGUUGUUGCUUGAUGGAUUUCCUCUUGAGCUUGUAGAUGGAGAUGCAUCCAACAUCCCUCUCAGAUGGGUGAGUGAUGUUCUCUCGCAGCUCAGUGACUUGGUGUCUCCAAACAGAAAGAUACGAGUAGUCACAGUUCUUGGAGUUCAGAGCACAGGAAAGUCCACUCUCCUUAACACCAUGUUUGGAGUGCAGUUUGCAGUCAGCAGUGGUCGAUGUACUCGAGGUGCCUUUAUGUUGCUCAUCAAAAUCAAUGAAGACAUGAAAAAUGUCCUAAACUGUGACUUUAUGGUGAUCAUUGACACUGAGGGCUUAAAGUCACCAGAACUUGCACAACUGGACAACAGCCAUGAACACGACAAUGAGCUUGCAACACUUGUUGUGGGGCUGAGUGAUGUCACCAUAGUCAAUAUUGCAAUGGAGAAUAUAACUGAAAUGAAGGACAUCCUACAAAUAGUUGUGCAUGCUUUUCUCAGGAUGAAGGAGGUGGGCAAAAAGCCUAAAUGUCAGUUUGUUCAUCAGAAUGUGUCGGAUGUUUCAGCCCAUGAGACAAACUUACGAGACAGGAAAUUGCUUCUAAAACAGUUAAAUGAGAUGACUCAGGCAGCAGCCAAAAUGGAAAAGAAAGAGGAGAAAAAGAGCUUCACUGAUGUGAUGGAGUACAGUCCAGACACUGGGAACUGGUACAUUCCUGGACUCUGGAAUGGAAACCCACCAAUGGCACCAGUUAAUGCAGGUUACAGUGAGGCUGUAUAUGAGCUCAAGAAAAACAUCAUCCAACUACUGGGAAACUGUGAGUCAUCUGCUAAUGAUGUCAUAGAGUUUAAAGAGUGGGUGAAAAGCCUGUGGAAUGCAGUAAAGCAUGAAAACUUCAUCUUCUGCUUCAGAAACAGCCUCGUAGCUGAUGCAUACAUGAAGCUCUGCACAGAGUUUAAUGAAUGGGAGUGGGAGUUCAGAAAAGACAUGUAUACCUGGGUAACAAAUGCAGAAACUAAAGUUUACAAUUUUGGUACCAUUGCAGCAAAAUCUGAAACAUGUGACAUGAGAGAAUUUCUCAGAUCUUUGAAAAGUGAAGCCUCCACAGUGCUGUCUACAUGGGAGACAAAGAUUCUAGAAAACCUGACACAGUAUUUCAAGCGAACAGAGGGUCAUGUGUCUCUGGUUGAAGAAUACAAAGAGGAAUUCUCAAACAGUUCAAAGGUCCUUCGUCGUGAAAUAGAAAGUGGUGUAAAGCAUCAGCUUGAUGUAGCAGCAGAAAUCAGACAGGGAAUGAUAGAAAUUUAUAGACUCAAAGACAAUCAUAGAAAAGAAAUUGAAAAAGCAGUGUGUGCAUUAAUUCGUGACUGUCAAAAGAGAAAAGUCCAAAUGACAGACACAGAGUUGAAUGAAGAAUUUGAGAAGAUGUGGAGUAAAACUUUAAAAAAUCUGUCUUUCUCUAAACAAAAAACCUCAAAUGUCACAGACAGAGUGUCCUACUAUCUGAAUGAAAAUCUGAAACACAGGGGGAGCCGUGCACGUCAAUUAUUAAGUGAAAAGAGUCUGAAAGAUUGUGGAAAAGAGUCUUUAAAAUGUACAGCUGAAGAAUGGUUCACCAAAAUGAAAACUGAAGCAAAGAUGUUUUUUAGUGGUCAGGAUCACAUUAAGGAUGCACAGCGUCUGACUGACAAGAUCAUAGAUAUUUGCACAGACUUUGUGAAUGAACAAGUAAAAAGAAAAAACAAUUACCAUGAGACUUACAUCCAGGAGAUCCUCCACAUGAUUGAUGAGAAGCUGCAAAAUAAUCAAGAAGUUAAGAUAAACAUCGACUUUGAAGUUUCUCUAAAACAGCACAUCUGUGGAUUCGCAGCCAGAGAGUUUCAGAAAAUGCACGAAGAUUUCAUAGAAGAAAAUGAUCCGUACAGAUGUCUGAUUAAAAACAAGGAAAGGUUUUGUGAUGAUUUCAAAGAUGUGUUUCAUGAACGAGACCAGUGUCAGAAGAAGGCAGAAGAAUUCACAAAUCGAUGUUUGAAGCCUGCUGUUGAAGACUUCAUUAAUCGCUCCCUGGGUCCUGAUAUCAUUGAUGAAAUUAGGAAACUCAAGGAGUUCAGCACAAGAAUGUCCUUCCAGUAUUCAAUUUUAUUGCAUUUACUCUUCAAGAAGGAUUUUCAAGACUAUCUGAACUACAUUUCCUCAUAUGAGAAUUAUGUAAAGUCAUGGAUACUCAAGCAAAUAAAGAAGCACUUUUCAAAAGAGUCAUCAGUUUUUGAGUUUGAGAAGCGACAUCUGCGGUCAUGUAUUGACAGCAUAAAUUCUGCCAUCAACAAGGCCAAAACCAGAAAGAGUGAUGACUUCAAGGUUUUUAUUGAAGAUAUUUGCAAAGAACUCGGUGAUAAACUGGUCAUUUCCCAGGAUGCUCUUGGUGCUUUCAUGAUACUGAACAACGCUGACAAGGAACAGUUUGCUGACUGGCUCACAACAUCUGUGAAGUACAUGAAAAAAACUCUUAAAAAGAAGUUAAAGGAAUCUACCUUUGAAAUGAAACUACAACAUCUCCAUGUGCAGCCACAGAAUGAGCUUUUCAACAAAUUGAUUGGUUGUGGCAAACAGUGUCCAUUCUGCAAUGCUCCCUGUGAUGCAGGAGGAAAAGCCCACACUGAGCACUUUGCUUCACUGCAUAGGCCACGUGGCCUGGGUAAAUACAGGUCGAUCAGCACAAAAAAACUUGUCACUGACUUAUGUUCUUCUGCUGUUAAAAGUGACAAAACAUUUUGUUGCAGUGAUACAAACAAUGGCUAUCACCUUUAUAAGAACUACAAGGAAAUUUUUAAAGACUGGAAUAUUCAAGCAGAUGUGAGCCUUGAGGCAUCAGAUUACUGGAAAUAUGUAAUGAGAAAAUACAACAGGGAGUUUUCCAAAGAAUAUGAUGCAGAAGCUGCUGACAUCCCGAAAUCGUGGUGUAAAAUUAAAAAAGAACAGGCAGAAAAAAGUCUUAAAGAAUCAUUUUUUAUCAAGUAACUAUCCAAUUCAGGGUUCUCUGUCUUGGAUGGCUGGAGCCUUACAGAAGAAAACAUCACAAAUAUUGUUUUUUUGAUAGUGAAGAAAGUUUCAGAUUUAAGAUACUGUUAGUACAUAGGAAAUUGACCAUUGUAGGUUUAUUCGUGGCAUUAUAAUAAACCCUGAGAAAAUGCAUGUAGUCAUUGAAUAGGUAUUUUCUUUUAAUGAUUAAAUAGACAUGUUAUAUGAACUUUUAUUGAUUUGUUUUGUUUUUUGUCAGAUAUUCACAUUUUUAUUUUGGAUGACUCUUUUUUCUUUCUUCUCUUUAAAUAGGAAAGUAAAUAAUAAUACUCAACACAUAGUUUGUGUUUCUGUGAGGCACGUGGUGUCAAAUAUUUACAUGUUUAGUGUUUUAAAAAGUCAUCCGAGUAUAAAAAUUCAUUUUAUUCGUUUGAGCAUGUGCUUUUAGUAUGUGCAAAUUCAGAAUUUAAAAUUUGUUUUUCUUCACUCGCGUGUGUGAUCUUACACACACUUUUUGAAGGAGUUCCAGAAUCACUCAUUUUCUCUCUGUCUGUCCACAAAUGAAGGCAAUCAUGUUAAGUAAUUCAGUUGCAAUCCUAAAUGACCUCACUGAUGUGUAUGUGUCAUAGUCUCUGUGUCUUUGUUAUUGCAGAAUGUUAAGUGACAUAAGACAGGAUCUAAGUGAUGUGCAAGUGUUAUUUUGAUUUGUAUCAGUUUUAAUGUGUUGAAAUAAACUAUAUGCAGCCCCAAAUAUAUGACCACGAAGCUUCAAAUGGGUGUGUCCACAUACAUCUGGACUAUUAAACACUGGUCACAGUUAAGGCCAGAACCUUCCCUCAUGGUAAUAUUGAGACUAGAGAUGGCACAAUACCACUUUUUAAUGUCCGAUACCGAUACCGAUAUCAUAAAUUUGGAUAUCUGCCGAUACCGAUAUGAAUCCAAUAAAGUGUGUUUUUUAAUCAAUAAAACUGUUUUUUUAAUAUCUUGCUGCAU